AUGUCAAGUCCUCCAAAUCGCAAUAUCCUAUCGACUUCUUCUCCAGAAGGCAUUCAAGUCGCUUCCAAAAUUACUCCUACUCGGCUUGCGAAUCUCUUGAUACGCCAUGGUCCGUUGCCCAUUAGACACAUAACGGCCCAGUUAUCCAUUGAGGUGCCUGGCUUCGAAUUGCUCUCGUUGUCGAAACAGAGAAGGCUCAUAAUGGCCGCCAUGGAACAGAAGGACCCAACUAAUGAUGUCGUAUUUGAGAAAAUUGGUUGGGGACAAUGGGCUGUGCGUCAUGACGGAUCAGACUAUAUUGUCACGGAAGGGACCGAAGGAGCCGGUGCUGCUCCAGGUAAUCCUGCUGGUCCGGAAAAACCACCACUCAGCGUUCAAGACUUGCGUAACCAAACGGGCUUGAAAUUAGGCUGGACAAAAAAGCAACUGCUUCGCAGAAAGAGUAUCACCAAUGCCAAAAGUAACUUGCAUAAUGUGCGAGUUCCUAACGAAAACAUAAUGGAAUCGUCAGCCAUAGCCUCGGACUCCGAGGACGAUGACCCUAUGGAUGGUGUUGAGGAUGAAAGUGAAAGCUCCAGCGAGAGUGACAAUGAACUCUUCGUUUUCGAUAACGAUUACGACGCCAAGUUUAAACGGUCACCACCCAUCAAGUUUGCUGAUAGGGUUCCUCUCAAGGUAACUUCACCACCUCCUGGAGCUGCCAGCCGGCGCAAGUCGUCGUCGGCUGCGGUACACAAGUAUCGUCAUCCUAUAUUCAAUCGUUCCAGGCUCAAUUCGCUUGACAAUCUCGACAAUUAUAUUUUGUCCUCGGGCAAGAACUCGACAACCUCAUUCAAUUCUCCACCACCACUUUCUGCAUCACCAAUCAACUCACUCGGUCUGAGUUUUGCUCACCACACCAUUAACACAUCUCCUGAAAGCAUUGAAGCUGCCAUGUCGGCGGCUGGAAGAAGAAAGUCCUCAUUCAAUGAAUCUCACAUACGAAGUACCCUUUCUUCAUCAUUGCCAAAACCUCUGCAUCCUCCAGAGGUAGCUAGAAAGCAGCCUUACGAACACAGUUCUCUUUCUCAUUCUACUUCGCUCAUAUCACCUGUUGCUAACCAUGGCGGUCAUCAUGGAGACGAAUCAGAUACUGAUGAAGAGGACUGGGCUACCAUCGGCGCAGAGUCAUUACGAAAACCCAAUGGGAGUCUGAAGAAACCACAGUCCGAGGAACGAGCUGCGGCCAUUGCAUUAGUAGAUCUUAUGUCAGUGUAA